GUUAGUAACUGGCGGCCAUCUAAAAGCAGAAGUCUUCUCAGGCGGAGUCUUUUGCAGUGAACCUAAGAAACCACACUUCGUCUCAACUUUGUGACCAUGCCUGAGCCAGCCAAAACCGCGCCCAAGAAGGGCUCCAAGAAAGCCGUCGCCAAGAGCGUCAGCAAGUCCGGCAAGAAAAGGAGAAGGACCAGGAAGGAGAGUUAUGCCAUCUACGUGUACAAGGUGUUGAAGCAAGUCCACCCCGAUACUGGUAUCUCCUCCAAGGCCAUGAGCAUCAUGAAUUCGUUCGUCAACGACAUCUUCGAGCGGAUCGCAUCUGAGGCCUCCCGCCUGGCUCACUACAAUAAGCGUUCCACCAUCAGCUCCAGGGAGAUCCAGACCGCUGUGCGUCUUCUGCUGCCCGGAGAACUGGCUAAGCACGCCGUGUCUGAGGGCACAAAAGCCGUCACCAAGUACACCAGCUCGAAGUAAAGUGCUUCGUUAGCAUCGCGACCCAACGGCUCUUUUAAGAGCCACACACUUUAUCUCAAAGAGUACUUUUCUUGGAUAACUAUAACGUUAUCAGAUACAUGCAAUUCAUACAAAACCAAUGCUUUAUAUUGGAAUAUCUUCGAAAUUAGUUGAAUCAAAUUUAAAUUUUCUCAUUACAGUCUUUGGUAAACUUUUAUGUUCAGAAAUUAAAUUACUGCGGAGCCACAGACAUAACAUGGAGGGGGGAAAUUGAGCUCCUGCGUAUGAAACUGUGCGGGCGAAAUAGUGCGCAUGUUUAUAGACUUGUACUAAAUUCAUUUGGCAUUAGUGUUAUAAGAAGUGUGGUCACUGUAAAAACUGCGUUAACCCUGUUGUCAUUAAUGAAACAAGACACAUGAUUCAAGAACC